UACCUUGCGGGCAUUAUGUCAUGAAUGUCAAAUUAAAUUUUAAGUUGAAUCUGUGUAUGUCGAUGGAACAUAUGGUGUGAUACCGUUAGAUGCAAUAAUUGUAUUGUCUUUUGCAGUCGAAUUUAAACACUAUUCGAGCAAAUGGAGUAAAAUUAAGAAAGAUGGUUCGUCACAGCAAGGUACAAAUCCAAGUACUUGCAUUGUACAGGGAAUUUAUGAAAGAAGCCAAAACAAGGCCUGGACUUGCAGAUUACAUUCGCAGUGAGUUUAAGAAGAAUGCAUCAAUUCCUCGUUCAAACACUAUUCAGAUUGAACAAAUAUAUCGCAGAGGGCAUCGGCAAUUGAAAACCUUACGAAGUACUGAUGUGCAAAGUGUUGGUGUCUUCACAAGAACCAAUGAGAAAAUGAAGUGACAUUGAUUAUAAGAUUACAAAUUUGUUUAUUAAGACAUAGAUUUAAGCCAAUAUUUACUAUGCUGUCGUAUUCAAGUAUGUCUCUUUUGAAGAACUUUCGAGUGGGGCUUACAAUGGUAAGGUGCCUCACAACUUCAACACAAGUGUCGCAGACUGAUGUAUUUCAGAGAGUGAUGAAUACUUUCCCAAAUGGUGUGCAAAUGGCGUUCGCUUAUGGUUCAGGGGUGUUUCAACAGCAGGGUGGUGAUAUGUCGAAGAAUAUGCUGGACUUCAUUAUGAUUGUUGACAACCCACAUCAAUGGCAUUCAGAAAAUUUGGCGGUUAACAAUAAACAUUAUUCAUUUCUGAGGCAUUUAGGUGCUAAAGGAAUAUGCAAUAUUCAAAACAACUUUGGAGCUGGCGUUUAUUUCAAUACCCUGGUUCCAUUUGAAGAAAGAAUGAUUAAGUAUGGUGUCAUUGGCACAGAGAAGUUGAUUUCGGAUCUAGUCAAUUGGGAAACUUUGUAUGUAAGUGGAAGACUACACAAACCUGUCAAAAUGGUUAAGAAACCUACUUCUUUUCAGCUAAUCACCGCUCUAGAUAGUAACCUUUGCAGCGCACUGCACACAUCGUUAUUGCUUUUGCCAGAGACAUUUACUGAAGUUGAAUUGUUCACGAUGAUUACUGGCCUUUCAUACAGCGGGGAUUUUCGUAUGACCUUUGGCGAGGAUAAGGGAAAAGUGCUGAAAAUAGUGACUCCAAAUAUGGAACAAUUUAAGCAGCUUUAUCAUCCAAUCAUAGAAAAGAACAACUACAUUCAUUAUAACAAACAUAUAAGUAAAUUUGUAAAUUUGCAUAAUGAAGUAACGAGAUUUGAUAAUCUGAAUUCAUUACCACGAUGUGUGGUUCAGGGACUUCUGAAGCAUCAACACAAUCCAAAUAUGUAUCCCGACACGGAGGAAGUGAUACGGAAGCUUGCCAAGGACACAAACAUAGCGGAAUACGUAGCUAAAAGUGUAGCGGGGAUCGUUAAUAAGUCCAGUUGGAGCCAGAGUGUCAAAAGUGUGUUAACUGCUGGAUUUACAAAAAGCAUAAAAUACAGUUACAGUAAAGUGAAGAAAAUGGUCAGAGGCAUGAGGAAAGUUGAAAAAUGAAAAUGUCAUCAUUUUUAGACUGGGCCUAAAAAAGUACAUUUGGUUUUGGUAACUUGACCCAACCUACAAAAAAGGUGUUGACUCUACUGUUUUUAUAUUCAGUUUAAAAAAACAAAAACAAAACUAAAAAAAAUCUAUUAUUUUUUGGUGCUUUUCAAUAUAUGUAGUUUAAAACCUUCAAUGCUUUAAACAGAAGAUUGCUUUAACACAAUUUUCCAAUGAUGCAAUAACAUUUUUAUAUAAAGCCUUAUAAAAAGAUAAAAAGCCUACCUUCCUUUAAUAGCUUUUUUUGAAAAGGAUGUAACCAUAACCAAACCAUUUUUUAGGCCCUGGUCAAAAUCAGCACUAGGUGGACUUUUGGUCUUAUAUAGCAGGGCUUGUUGAAAAGAAAUAAUGCCAGGCAAUAGUGUCGGUUUGAUGACAGUCAUUAAAUUGAUAACUAAACUUUCCUCAAUUAUUAGUCAUAUUAUGAUAAUAUAUUGAUGUUGAAAUUUACUUCAUAAAUAUCUUUGCAUUGACACAAUGAAGAAGACUUUCAUAGAGUAAAUAACCAAACGUUUUAGUUGAAAAAAAUAAAAUUAUGAAAAGGUC